AUGGUGAUGAUGAUGAUGUCCUACCUUCCUCUGUCCGUGUCCGUCCCUGGUCGCGCGCCUCCAGACUCUCUGCGCGUCCUGCUGCUGCACCGCCGACCCAAGUCUGUGCUCCCUCCUCCCCCCUCCUCCCCCUCUCUGCCUCUGCAGCUCCGUCACACCGAGAGAGAGUUCACGGAGUUCCUUGAGCCCUUUGAGAGAGUUAUACAACCUGAGGAGCUUUGGCUCUACAAGAAUCCUCUCAUUAAGUCAGACCACAUCCCCAAGAAGGUCAUGUUCGCGAUUUCCUUCCUCACCCCGCUGGCCGUGAUAUUUGUGGUGAAGAUAAUUCAGAGGACAGACAGGACGGAGAUCAAAGAGGCAUGUUUAGCUGUGUCCCUGGCACUCGCCUUAAACGGAGUCUUCACAAAUACCAUCAAGCUGAUUGUUGGCAGACCCAGGCCAGAUUACCUCCAACGGUGUUUCCCAGAUGGUCAAGUGAACGCAAAGAUGCUGUGCACCGGGGAGCCAGAGGUGGUCUCUGAAGGACGCAAGAGCUUCCCCAGCAGCCACUCGUCCUUUGCGUUCUCUGGUCUUGGUUUCACCUCCUUCUACCUGGCGGGAAAGCUACAGUGCUUCACGGAUCAGGGACGAGGGCGCAGCUGGCGUCUGUGUGCCAUGGUGCUGCCUCUGUACAGCGCCCUGAUGAUCGCUUUGUCCCGAACGUGUGACUACAAACACCACUGGCAAGACGCCUUCGUUGGAGGAGUGAUCGGGUUGAUGUUCGCAUACGUCUGCUACCGCCAGCACUACCCACCCUUCCUACACAUGGACUGCCACCUGCCUUAUGCCAGCCUUGCUGCCGCCACCAAGAUGCCAUUGCCUCCUCAGGAUGACCCCCAGCCCACCGACAAUGCCACCACCCUUCCUUUGGAGGGCUUGACUGAAGGGCCGGUAUGACUAGUGGCCCCCACCGAGACAACCCCCAAGGCUUUUACAAAGCCGCCAAGCCCCAUU